AUGACUCCGCGCCAUGUGACGCCGAUCUACGGCAAAGACGCAAACGUCAUCGUGCAAUUACUCGAUUUACACGUUGCACAACCCGCCGAGGGCGACAGCAACAAUGGCCCUGCACCGCUGCAGAUCCUCGAAUCCGGAACGGGCCACGGCGCCCUAACACUCCAUCUAUCCCGCGCAAUCCAAGCCGCAAAUGCCCUCCCACCUCCGAUCCCAAAGACAUCAACGAUAGAAUACCUCGAACAACCCCCCGAACAACCAAACCCAAGUAAAGAAGCAAAGCCCGCCCCAGAACCCAAACGCGAGACCUCCGCGGAACAAGAACAAACGCAAGCCCAAGAACAAGAAGCAUGGAACACCUACCGCGCCACCCGCAAAGCCAUCAUCCACACCGUCGAAGUCCACUCGACGUUCUCGAAACACGCUGAAAAGCUCGUCCGCGGGUUCCGCCGCGGCAUCUACGCCGGUAACAUCGACUUCUACGUCGGCCGUGUAGAAACCUGGGUCUCCGAGCAGACGAAGACGAAAUCCGAGCCCUUCCUCACCCACGCUAUCCUCGACAUGCCCUCCGCCCACCUGCGCAUCCCGCUCGUCGCCUCUGUCCUCAAGGCCGACGGCAUCCUAGCCGUCUUCAUGCCCAGCGUCACGCAGAUCACAGAGUGCGCGAUGUACAUACGGAAACAGGGGAUUCCGCUCGAGCUAGAUAAGGUUAUUGAGCUUGGGACAGGAAUCAGCGGUGGCCGGACAUGGGAUGUUAGGUUCGCUGUGAAAAAGUCGAAGGCUGAUCCCGGGUGGGAUAACACAAAUGAUCAGUCGGCGUCGGAGGGUACAGUGGAGGAAAGCGUUGCUGUUGAAAGCGAAGGCGAGGAGGCAGCAGCAAAGGCGGCAGAGGCGCAGACUGGUGCUAAGCCCAAGGAAGAGCCCGUCCUUGUUUGUCGGCCGCUGGCUGGGCAGAUGAUUGGGGCUGGAGGGUUCGUGGGCGUUUGGAGGAAGAUGCAGAUGCCCUCGGCUUCGUCGUGA